AUGUCAGCUCCCAGGAAGUCUAGUCUGGGAGUCCCAAUCGACCCGCUGAGUGCCCCCAUCGUCGGCCGCGAUGGUUACGUUGGACUCAACCCUCACUCAGAAACCCUUCCCGCGGGCUGGAAACAUCCCCAUCCAGACGCUCGCCCGCUCCCAAGCGCCAUCCUGAUAGAGCACGACGUCGCCAUCAAAGUCAGGGACGGCACCACGCUCUACGCCGACGUCCUCCGCCCGCCCAACACAACAGAGAAAGUCCCCGCGUUGAUCUGCUGGUCCCCCUUUGGCAAGAAAUUCAACGGCCUCUCGUCGCUCGACUAUAUGACGCCCUGGAAGCUCGGGAUCCCCGCCUCCACCCUCUCCGGUCUGGAAAAGUUCGAGGCGCCGGACCCGGCGGACUGGGUGCCCCGCGGCUACGCCAUUGUCAACGUCGACACGCGCGGCGCUUUUGACAGCGGCGACGACGACACCCCAAUGGUCAUCAUGGGCACGCAGGAGGCCGAGGACGGGUACGAUGCCAUUGAGGCCGUGGCGGGUAUGGCGUGGUGCAGCGGCGACGUCGGACUCGCGGGGAACUCGCACCUUGCCAUUGCGCAGUGGUUUAUCGCGGCGCUGCGCCCGCCCAGCCUGAAGGCCAUCGCGCCGUGGGAAGGGUGUGGGGACCUGUACCGCGAGCAGUUUGCGCGCGGCGGCGUGUAUGCGGGCGACCUAUUUGACGAGCUCAUUGUCAAGCACAUGCUCAAGGGCCGCGGCGGGAUCGAGAGCUUCCGCGAGAUGUACCAGCAGCAUCCGCUGGCCAACGCGUGGUGGAACGACAAGAGGCCGGACAUGAAGAAGAUCAAUGUCCCGACGUACAUCACGGGCACGUGGACCAACACGAUGCACGGGAUGGGGGCGAUCAGGGGUUGGUUAGAGGUGGAAUCGAGCGAGAAGUGGCUGAGAUGGCAUCCGUGGCAGGAGUGGUUUGACCUUUGGGGAAACUCGCAGGCCAAGGACGAGCUGUUUGCGUUUUUUGACCGGUAUCUCAAGGGCGUAGACAACGGAUGGGAGAAGACGCCCAAGGUGAGGAUGUCGUUGCUGCGCUUCGGACACAAGAGCCCGCAAGCGCUGGAGAAUAUCGUCGAGGAAGAUUUUCCUCCGGCGCGGACGCAGUACAGAGAGUUCUUCCUUGGCACGGAAGAGAAGCUCUUGCCUGACGCCGCGCCUGAGGAGAAGACGACUGUAAGCUACGACUCCGAGUCCGGCGGGGACGUCAGCUUCACCCACACCUUUGCAGAGGAUACCCGCAUCAUGGGCCUACCCAAAGCCGUACUGUACAUGUCCUGCCCAGACUACGACGACCUGGACGUGUACGUCAUGAUCCAAAAGCUCGACAAGAACGGCAAACAGAUGAAGAACCUCAAUAUCCCUUGGGAGGGCAUCCCUGUGAGCUCGUUUGAAGAGUUUGCGCCGGAGCAGGAGACGGAGGUCGUGCUGUACAAGGGCCCCGUGGGCAUCCUCCGGGCCUCUCACCGCGCCAUCGAUGAGGCCAGAAGCAUGCACCCGCACUGGCCGUUCCACCCGCACGAGAAGGAGGAGAAGAUCCCGCCGGGCGAAGUGGUCAGGCUGGACAUUGGGAUUUGGGCGCUCGGGGUCGAGUACGAGGCGGGAGAGAGCUUGCGGGUUGUCGUCAGCGGACAGAGCUUCGCUGUGAGUAACUUUGGAAAGAACCAUACCCUGAAUAAGGGGCGGCAUAUCCUACACUUGGGAGGUGAGCGGGCAAGCCAUAUUGUGCUCCCUUUCGUGUAG